AUGCCUGGAAGGCGGCAGGAGAGGCGGGGCGCAGGGCAGGAGAGGCGGGGCGCAGGGCAGGAGAGGCGGGGCGCAGGGCAGGAGAGGCGGGGCGCAGGGCAGGAGAGGCGGGGCGCAGGGCAGGAGAGGCGGGGCGCAGGGCAGGAGAGGCGGGGCGCAGGGCAGGAGAGGCGGGGCGCAGGGCAGGAGAGGCGGGGCGCAGGGCAGGAGAGGCGGGGCGCAGGGCAGGAGAGGCGGGGCGCAGGGCAGGAGAGGCGGGGCGCAGGGCAGGAGAGGCGGGGCGCAGGGCAGGAGAGGCGGGGCGCAGGGCAGGAGAGGCGGGGCGCAGGGCAGGAGAGGCGGGGCGCAGGGCAGGAGAGGCGGGGCGCAGGGCAGGAGAGGCGGGGCGCAGGGCAGGAGAGGCGGGGCGCAGGGCAGGAGAGGCGGGGCGCAGGGCAGGAGAGGCGGGGCGCAGGGCAGGAGAGGCGGGGCGCAGGGCAGGAGAGGCGGGGCGCAGGGCAGGAGAGGCGGGGCGCAGGGCAGGAGAGGCGGGGCGCAGGGCAGGAGAGGCGGGGCGCAGGGCAGGAGAGGCGGGGCGCAGGGCAAAAAGAGGCGGGGCGCAGGGCAGGAGAGGCGGGGCGCAGGGCAGGAGAGGCGGGGCGCAGGGCAGGAGAGGCGGGGCGCAGGGCAGGAGAGGCGGGGCGCAGGGCAGGAGAGGCGGGGCGCAGGGCAGGAGAGGCGGGGCGCAGGGCAAAAGAGGCGGGGCGCAGGGCAGGAGAGGCGGGGCGCAGGGCAAAAAGAGGCGGGGCGCAGGGCAGGAGAGGCGGGGCGCAGGGCAAAAAGAGGCGGGGCGCAGGGCAGGAGAGGCGGGGCGCAGGGCAGGAGAGGCGGGGCGCAGGGCAGAGAAAGUGA